UUCCAACAUGAAUACGGAUACUCACCCAUUGUUAAGCAGAUACCGUGUGUAAUCUUGAUUGUUGUGCACUGUGUGGAUCACCUCGUUGACCUCCUAUCAGAAAAUGGUGAUUUGCAUGACGGAGUACCUAAACAUCAUUUGUCAGUUUCCUGAACAACCAGCAACGAGGUGGCCAUCAUUAAUAAAUUGAAGGCACGAGAACAGUAUUGCGUUCCGGCUUCUAGGAGUCACAUCGAUUCACGACUCACUUACUAGUGACGUCGUUGCAGCCCCCCGACCCAACAAACUUCAUCAUCCCCAACCCGUCACCAAUGCGGUCUGCGUCAGUUUUGAGGAUGGCCUCGGCCUCCGUAUCAAAGGGCAACGGCCUCAGGCCCGCACCGAUGGCCCUCCUACCCCCUAUUCCGCUAUACCGCCGUCUUCUGCGCGCUCACCGCAAGCACCUUCCUUCCGAGAUGCGCCUACUGGGUGACGAGUAUAUCAAGGCUGAGUUUCGUGCUCAUCGCACAGUAGAUAACCCGGCGCACCUGAUCGGUUUCUUGACUGAAUGGCAGUUAUAUGCGCAAAAGAUCGAGGGCAACUCGUGGGUUGGCGAGAAAAUCGACCCUGUCAAGGUUGCUAAGAUGAGUGACGAACAAAUCGGUCAACUUUAUGAGCUGAUGCAGGCGAUCAAAGAACGGCGUGAGUCAGGUGAAGGCGAGGAUCAAUCGUGAUGUCGCUGCCUUAAUGAAGGAAAACACCAUCAAAGUCAAUGAUGCGAAAGGCGCGACUUAU